AUGUUUUUGCUGAAUAAAUUGAGAGCAAAAGCUGAAUCCUUUGAUUCGUUAACAAAGCCAAAAACAGUUGUAACAGAACGUGAGAUAUAUGAAUAUUUGAGUCAAGAAAAUGGGAUGAUUCGCUUGAAAAGAGCUUUUGACAAAAGUAAUGGUGAACUAAGUCCAGAAUUAAAUUUCUAUUUUGAAAAUUACGCCAAUCAAAGUUCAGCUAAAGCUAUAUUCUUUGUUUCAUCUUUGUAUGCCUACAACAAAAAUAAGAAACUUAUUCCACCAAACUUGCCAAAGAAGGAACAGUUCAAGACAAUAAUUAAGAAUAGCUUGAAGGAUUCUGUUUUGAUUUCAGUCCGAUAUUUUUCACUCCUUGCCCUCAGUUUUGGCAUCACAGAAACUAUCGGUGUUUAUAGAAACAAAACUUCACCUUUAGAAUUUGUUUUUGUUUGUGGUUUGAUGUCUGGUAUAGUCAGUGGCUUGCAGUAUGAAGCUAAGCCUCCCGAAUUACCAAAAGUUAUAGCAAACAAGAUGCAAGUGCCUUUGAAGCCUAUAACUCGUAUGGUUGCUAUUAGAAACGGUAUUUUAAAUGGUGCUUUUAUGGGAUUAUUAUUUGGUGUUAUGUUUACGUACGUGGCAGGAAUAACUGGUACGUCUCAAGAAAAUAGACAUUUCUGGAAUGUUCAGACUAAAUUACGUGAGCAAAAAGAGAAGGAGUUAGCAUUGAAUCUUGGUGCCGCCAGAAACGAGGAACUAUUGUAA